AAGCGCACCAUCCAUCACGUAUGGAACUUCCAGACUGCUCACUGUGCCAAGAUAGAAUGGACACCUUCGUAACUACCGCCUGUGGCCAUCUUUACCAUUUCGAGUGCCUCCAGUCGUGGCUGCAAACGUCCGCGAGUUGCCCACUCUGUCGUAAGCCAGUAGAUCUGAAAGAUGUGAUCAAGCUGCAUGGUCCCACUAGCUGCCAAGCUGGAGAAAUGUGCGCAACUCAGCUGAAGAACGAGAAUACAGCACUUAAACGUCAGCUAAGUGUUGCUGAGCACAGAGCUUCGAAAAACGCGAAAGUCGCCCUGGAAAAGACAGCGCAGGCCCACGAGACCAUGGCCAAGCUAGCCGACAAAGAGGCCCAAGUUGCAUACUGGUCGACAACCGCGAGACUGUCUCAUAACCUCAGACGGGACGCCAUCGCGACGAUCCGUCGCAUAGCAAGCACCUAUGCAACGAGCCCUGAUGCUGAAGUGGACAGGCAUGAGGCAACCGGCGUACUACCCGGCGACCAGAGCCCGUCAGCCCCUGUACUACCCGGCGACCAGAGCCCGCCCGCCCCCGAACUACACGGCGACCAGAGCCUGUCAGCCAGCGUACUACCCGGCGACCAGAGCCCGUCAGCCCCCGAACUACACGGCGACGAGAGCCCGUCGGCCAGCGUACUACCCGGCGACCAGAGCCCGCCCGCCCCCGAACUACACGGCGACGAGAGCCCGUCGUACUGAUGUACGUCGUACGUACAUCAGUACGGCCAUCGCCGGCCGUAUGUCCAUAUCAGCAUGGCCAUCGCCGCACAUGCAGAAGACUGAUUAGGACC